AUGAAUCUAAGGUCAGUUCUUGUCCUGUUCUGUUUUGUGCUAGCAGCAAGCGCGAGUAUUGAACAGUUGAUGAAGGAAGAGGAAAAUUUGUAUAAGGCGGCUUAUCCGAAGGUGUUUAGCUUUACUGGGGUCAGACUUGGAUUUUCUGAUGAGAUUCCGGUUAUUACUAUAAGAGUGGAUACGGAAAAUGAUAUACUUUCUAUUACAACUGAUGUUAGGGGAAGAAUCCCAACUGAAGGAAAAGUAUAUAGAAGCGUUGAAGCCCUAGAUUUUGGAAACAAGAAGCACUACAGUUAUAAAGCAUUUGAUGAAACUUGCAAUGUUGCUGACUUCAGUCCAGAACAAUAUAGUCUCAGGCAAUAUAUCUCACAACUGGCAGGAAGAGAAGCUGUAGUGUAUGAAAGGAAAUUUGGCGAUAAGACAUUCGUUAAUACAAGAAUCUGGCCCACUCACACAGAGGAUUACAAACUUUUCAGAGAAGAUGGAAAACUUACUCACUUCAGUGGAUUUAACAAGUUGUUUGACUUCAACAUUGAUAUUCAGGUGACCCACGAUAUUACCGAAGAUACCUUUACCAGAGAAGAUCAUAUCCCUGCUGCUUGCAAAUAAUCAUACAACUGAAAACCUAUCUUCAAC